AUGGAGGCCACCGCUGCUCAGAAAGUGUUAGAGCUGGUUAAAGAUGAAUCUUCCUUGGCAGACAUCGCACGAAUUAAGGAACAGCUCGUCAAAGAGAAAUCGACGGUGGAGUACCAACUGCACAAGAUAUCCAAGGUGCGCUACGAGGAUGUCUACAACUGCCUAGAGCUUGUAAGCUCGACUACGGGGUCCGUGCAAUCGUUGCGCGAGAAGCUGCGGAACGUGGAUAGGCUGAGCCAAGAGAACAGGUCUUCGAGUGAGCGGUACCAGAUUAUCAACGACGUUACGCGGAUCCAUGAGCUUCUAGGACGCACCUCAGACAUAUACAACCGGAUUGUGAAGUUCACCGACUUCUGUGGCCAGAUUGAGAGCUACUUGGAUGCCGAGAUCGGCCAGGAUGCACUGGAGUCUGGCUGCCCGCGGCUACUGCAGAUUCACUAUAUGCUGACCUGUGCGCGCGACUUUCAGGAGCAGAUGACGGUAAUGGCCAACGUUUCCACUGAAGAUGUGCAGCGAACGAUGAAGAAGGUGUUUGCAAAACUACCAGCUCAAAUCGAGAAAUUUGAUAAGAUGCUGGCCCGCAUCAUCUUCGACCUGCUUGAAGCGGUGCGUACGGAAAACAAGUCAUUAAUAAUACGAGUGUGCAAGAUCAUUGACUAUGAGGACCGGGAGGAUAAGCGAAUCAGCAAGACGCGCGAGAUUAUUAAAACGAAGGAGCUAGAAAUGGAAUCCAACAAGAUCAGGAAACUUCCGACCAAAAUGUCGCGCAUAGCAGAGGAUUCAAAGAGUCAGGAGAACAAGUACCCCACAGAGCAGGCACUCUUUGAAGAAAUCAUGAACGGUACCAUCCAGACGAGGACUCUACCUCGUGGCUAUCGUGAGUUCUUUUUCUCCACCAUCCGAAAGUCCAUUGCGGAGCUCUUUGUUGAUGUUCGCAAAGAGUACGCUGCCGAAAAGCAGUUCGACGUGCUGGAAAACCUAGAUUGGAUCUUCAAUGAGCUAGUAAUCGCGAAGGACCAUCUCUGCCGGCUCUGCCCGAGCGAGUGGGAUAUUUUUCGCGUAUACUACACCGCCUACUACGAAGAGCUGAACGGCUUGAUCACGGAGUUGAUCAACUCUGAGCCGGAGUCGCUCUACAUCCUCAGCAUUCUCGACUUCGACAAGAAUUUCACCAAGACUCUCAAAAAGGACUUUGGCUUCGGCAAAGACGAGAUUGUUAGCAUCAUAGGCGAGGAGCAGAAGGCCCAGCUACUUCAGGACUACUUGCAGCUCAUCGUCAACAAAAUGCGCGAGUGGCUCGACAACCUCGAGAAGGCAGAGCUCCAGAUCUUCCUCGAGCGCACCACGCCGCCCCACACAGACUCCGAGAACCUGCUCUUCCUGGAGGGCACCAAAACAUGCUUCCAGAUGUUCACGCAGCAGGUGGAGGUCGCCGCAGGCUCGGGCCAGGCGAAGAUCCUGGUCGGCGUCGUCGAGCGCUUCUGCAAGCUCCUGUUCGAGCGCCAAAGCCACUGGAUGCAGGCCAUUUCGUCCGAGGUCAAGAAGUGCCUCCAGUACAACCACAAGUAUGAGAAAGACCCCGACAACAUCGCGCAGGAGGAGGAGUGCGCCGGCGGCCUCGUCGAGUACCUCGUCGCGGUCGCCAACGACCAGAUGAAGGCCGCAGACUACGCCGUCGCCAUCUCGCAGAAGUACGGCUCCAUGGUCUCCAAGGUGCACGAGCGCACCAUCACGAACCGCAUCGAGGAGACCCUCGACGGCUUCGCAGAGGUCGCCAAGUGCAGCAACAGCGGCCUCGUCGCCCUGAUCUUCGACGACCUGCGCCGCCCCUACGCCGAGAUCUUCAGCAAGGCCUGGUACUCCGGCAACCAGGCGCAGCAGAUCGCAGACACCCUCUACGAGUACCUCGCCGACAUCCGCAGCCAGAUGAACCCCUUCGUCUACUCCACCCUCGUCGAGUCCGUCAUCGAGGAGACCAUCCUGCAGUUCCUCGCCGCCCUGCACCAUGGCCACGCCUUCCGCAACAAGCAGAACAAGUUCCUCGACUGCAUGAAGCGCGACUUCGAGAUCUUCUACAAGCUCUUCGUCCAGUUUGUCUCCGACGAGGACAAGCUGCUCAUCGACGACAAGUUCAAGCUCAUGGAGUUCUUCAUGGACUUCGCCUGCAGCCCGCUCGACGUCGUCCCCGACACCUGGGCCCAGUGUCUGCACGUCUACUGGGACACCCCCGCCGCCUUGCUGCAGGCCGUGCUCGCCUGCCGCAAGGACGUCGACUCUCCCACCGCCAAGCGCCUGCUCGCCGACGCCCAGGCCGCAGCCGCCGACCCCAAACGCCUCGCCACCCUCAAAAACCAGGACCUGCAACCCACCUUUAUUAGCCGCUUUACGUAA